GACGCCGCGGUGCUGAUGGUCUCGGCCGCGCCCGGGGAGUUCGAGGCUGGCGUGUCCCGGCAGGGGCAGACCCGCGAGCACGCCCUGCUGGCCUAUACCCUGGGCGUCAAGCAGCUGCUGCUCUGCGUCAACAAGAUGGACCUGACCGAGCCGCCCUACAGCCAGCGGCGCUUCGAGGAGGUGGUGCGGGGCGUCAGCCUCUACCUGCGCAGGAUCGGCUACAGCCCGGCCGCGGUGCCCUGCGUGCCGGUGUCCGGCUGGGCCGGCGAGAACGUCACCCUGCCCAGCCCCAAGAUGCCGUGGUUCAAAGGUUGGAAGGUCAAACGGAAGGAAGGCUUUGGGAAGGGGCAGACACUCCUGGAAGCGCUAGAUUCUCUCCUGCCUCCUGUGCGGCCCAGUAACAAACCCCUGAGGGUGCCUCUGCAGGAUGUCUACAAGAUCGGAGGAAUUGGCACUGUACCGGUGGGGAAGAUAGAGACAGGCAUCCUCAAGCCGGGCAUGAACAUCUCCUUUGCCCCUGCAAACCUCUCGGCAGAGGUCAGAACCAUUGAAAUGCACCAUGAGCCACUGCAGGUGGCUUUUCCUGGUUACAAUGUGGGCUUCAACAUAAAGAACAUUGCAGUCAAGAACCUGAGACGAGGCCAUGUAGCUGGCAACUCCAGGAGUGACCCCCCAGUAGCAGCAGCCCACUUCACUGCUCAG